UUCAUAGUCGUACCAGGACAAUGUGAAGCCAGCCACCAGACGGACCAGAUAGUUUACGGUAGUUCCGUCGCGAGUCUCCUUGUUAUAGUUGUAGCUACGAGACCCAGCUAUUCAGCUGCCUGGCACGGUGUGGUGUUUACUGUUUAAUGUCCAUGUGUGUGAACGUACAGGGGUGUGCAGCAGCGUUAUCUCGUUGGAAGUUACAUGAAACACAGAGGUAAACUGCAUUUCAGCGGGUCCAUGUUAACGGCUUGAGGAUCGCCGUGUGUUGGUCUCCAUCAUGGGGUGUGGAUCCAGCAACGCCUUGACGGAUGAUCCGGACAUAUCCGAGAUCGAAGUUCCAGAUUCAGAGGAUGGAUACCCAAAACCAAAACCACCAACAUCAAAGAAGAAAGAUAUAUUCGACGCGGAGGAUUAUAAGGAAAUUGACCAAAAUGCUUCCAAAAUUAUUAUUAAGGACGAUACAACCUAUGAGGAGCUCCUGACGACGUUGACGAAAGACUUAAAGACAGAUCUGCAGAAGCUCCGAGCCAUAUUCUACCUCGUUGGGAGCCUGAAUAUCGAGAAACAAUUCUACAAGGGCGUGACCGACCCCCACACCCCUCGUGGCCACAUGAAACUCAUCAAGUUGAGGAAGGGGUGGUACACGGACUUCUUUGCCCUACUUUGUAGGGCUGCUGGCUUGCCAUGCGUGAUUGUCCACGGCAAGGGGAAGAGCGUGAACUAUGAGGUGGGGGACAAGGAUCCCAGUGACCUCUACAGUGACUGGAACGCUGUUUAUGUGGACGGGGAGUGGAGGCUGGUACAUGCGCUGUGGUCCUACACUGGCAUCAUGGGCUACGAUGCUGGACGAUGGAUGAAGAUCGAAGCCCAAGGUCAACAAAAGCGAGAGAAACAGCCAGCAUCGAAAGGGAAACAAGUUUCUGGAAUCAAAGAGUUUUGGUUCUUGACCGAUCCUGACCAGUUUGUGUACUUCUGUCUUGCUGACCGUCAAGAAUGGCAGCUGUUGGGCAAGCCCUGGACAGUUGACAAGUUCAUGGAUGUGCCUUAUUUUAGACAUCCAUAUUUCACCAGUUCUGAUAUGACUCUCACUAGUGACCACAAGUCUGUUCUUGUUUCUGACGGAGGUCGAACAGUUAUUGCCUUUGAGCAUGAUACCGAAUGCAAAUCGGACAUCACUUACGAGUUGUUUUUUGACGAAAAACGUUCUGAGGGUACCUUACCGGACAGUGUUAAACUCCCCCGCUGCGUUUUGUUUGAAUCAACAGAGGAACAAAAGAAACUUUAUUAUCGUUUCCAUGUUGUUGGUAUCUAUAAAACUGUUAUUUAUAUCGGCGGAAAAUCAAAAUUACCAAUAGUUGCAUUCAUGAUUGACUGCAAAGAGGUGUCACAGAAUAAAAACCUAUUCCCAAUCAAUCCUGACAUCGGGUUCGGCUUUGGUCGUCCGGCUAAAGUCUUUGGUCUACAAUCGCUCUCUGAGUCCGAAGCAAUUGUUGAAACUGUUAAAAACAAACCAUGUGAAUUCCACUUUAAGCUCAGUGAGGAUAAACAGCUUGAGGCUAAUCUCCGACAUAAUGACCUUGAACCAGGGAAAUUACAGCAAUGUGUCGAGAAGGAGACGAAAGAUGACAAGGUCACAUUCAAGGUCACCGUACCGGAAGACGUGGACAAUGGCGAAUUUGCACUGCAGAUCUAUGGUCAGGACAGCAAGGGAAAGGUCAAUGUCGUCAACUAUCUCUUGACCAACAACAAGGGGGAUUUCGGGUCUGAUGAUGAGAAGCGAAUUCGGAAGCAACUGAAAGAGGCAUUAAAGCAUGAAGAUCUGGACGAACUGGAGAAGGCAAUAGAGGAGUUUGAGAAGGCGGACCUGUCUGAUGAUGACGAUGACCUUGCCACCGCCAAGAGGAAGCUCAAACGGCUGAGAAAAGGAAGUGAUGAUGACGUGGACCCAGACCAGUUGUUGGCGAACUUGAAGAAAGCCAUGGGCGACAAGAACCUGGAAGAGUUGGAGAAAGCCAUAAUUGAGUGUGAAGCAAACGGGCUUCAGGACCACGAAGAUGUCAUAAAGGCGAGGAAACGCCUCGUCAAACUUUAUGAAAAGGCGGCAGAGAAAGCGAUGAAGGAGAAUGAUGUGAAGGAAGUUGAGCGACUGCUGAAUCGCUCCCGGAAGUCACCCGUGGCCCCUGAACUCGAUGACUCAGAGGUGAUGAUGCGAGCCGAGCGCUACCUGUACCAGCAGAAGAGGCUUCAGAAGUAUCUGAGUGUCGUCCUGGAACUCAAGCCAUCCACCGUGUCGGAGAUCCACCGCUACAACCACCCCACCGUGCACAGCCACGACUCCGUCAUGGCGACCUAUAUACUGCUGGGCGAGAAGAAGGCAGAUCUCCAGAUAUGGCAGCGAGUACAGACGAUGCUUCGUCUCCCUGGUAGAAGGGGCAUCAUCAUCCGCAUCAAAAACUUCAACGUUGGAGAUCUCAGUACAUGGCGUGCCAAACAGGCCAAGCGGUUGUUGGAUAGAUAUACCGUGGACGGUGUCCGAGUGGUCAGUGCGGGGGCGGCCGCCUUCUAUGUGUGGAGCUCUAACAUCGUGGUGGAAGCCUUGACUCCGCCAAAGGAAGAGGAUGAAGAUGAGGAUGAAGAUGAUGAGUGAUGAAAGCAGCAGCAUAAUAGGCUAGUUCGACACUGAUAUUAAAUAUGCAGGGACCUGCGCAUUCACGUGUUUCCACGCUUUGCGUCACAGUUCACGAAAUCACCUUCGAUGUCAUUGUGUACUCCUCAGGGAGCUGAUCAUACAUUAAAAACUGACUCGUUGUCAGGAAUAGGUGAGGUGACAUGGGGUUUAUGUCCCGUUAAAGAUUGUUACACUUAUGUAGCGACCUACGUCGUGCAUAUGGUUGUGUGUGUGUGUGUGUGUGUGUGUGUGUGUGUG